AUGUUACGCCCUGGGUAUUGUUCACCAAAUCGUAAAGACAUCGGAGGAUAUCUUCUGGAUGACAUACAUGAACAGUUGACAAAAAAUAUGAAAAGUGAACUUGAGGGCAAAGAUGUUGAACUCAUGCAAGAUGGCUGGAGUGAUACAAAUUCCAGUCUGACAUCAACAAUUGCAGAUGCCUGUGAUGUAUGGCUUGAUCUGCUUGUGCAUGAGGAUCUGCAGUCAUAUGAAAAUAAGGUGAAAAAGAGGUUUGAUCAGGUCAUGACAGGCAAGCACUUUCUGGCAAAUAUGCUGCACCCAGUGUACCGUGGGGAAAAACUAUCCAAGAAACACACUGAAAUUGCCCAGGAAAUGCUUCUUAGAAAUCUUCAACACUCAACCUUGACCAAGCAUAAUGACACAAAAGAACAUAAAGAUGCAGUAGAAGCCCAUCAAAUGAGAAAACAACUUUACAGUGUUGAAGACACUAUCACAGUCAGUGACAACGAAGAACUUAAAGUUUCAGAGGCAGACAAACAUUUGUUCAGGACUGUAUACUUUGCUGCAAAGGAAAAUCAACCAAAUUCAUCAGUGAACAAACUGUUGGAAUUACUUAAAGCAAGUGGGGUUCAAAUAAACUAUCAGGAUUUAACAAGUGAUACCAUUCUAGACAUUCAAAAAAGCCUCUUGUUUGUUUUAGAUGAAGCAAUGAAGGAUGAACUGAAAGAAGCAAAAUACUAUGGAUUAAUUCUGGAUGAAAGUACUGAUCUGUCUGUGCACAAAAAACUUGUAGUUUAUAUACGUUAUGUGUGUCCCUCGGAUAUGAAAGUGAAGUCACAACUUGUUGGGGAUAUUCGGAUCCCAGAUGGAACAGCUGACACUCUUGUGUGUGAAGUGCGGAAAUUAUUGCAAACUCUUGGACUGAAAACUGUUAACUUGGUUGGAUUAGGGAGUGAUGGUGCCUCAGUGAUGUUUGGAAGAAAAGGGGGUGUAGGUGUUAAAUUACAAGAGGACUCACCGAUGAUGACCCAUGUUCAUUGUGUUGCCCACAGACUGGCAUUGGCUUGCUCUGAUGCUACCAAAGCAAUCCCCUACUUGAAAAAUUACAAAAAUAUACUUAAGAAUCUGUACACCCAUGUGAAUGGUUCAGGGAUAAGGACAUACAAAUUAGAGGAGAUGCAGAGUGUGAUGGAAGAACCAAAUCUAAAACUGAAAGACCCCAUUAACAUUCGCUGGCUGGCCAUGGAGAAUGCUGUUAGGACUGUUCAUAAGUGCUAUGGUUCAAUAGUUACAUAUCUCCAGUCAAACGAGGGAAAAAACACAGUUGGUGAUGUGAUCGCAGAGGGAUUGUUGAGGGAAGUUUUACAUUAUAAGUUUCCAGCAUUCACAGCUAUAUUGGCCGAUGCGUUACAGGUUCUUGGCGUAUUGUCAAAGCAACUCCAAGCUGAGUCAUUGGAUUUAAGCCAGUUCACACCAAUGAAGGAUUCCGCAGUAGGUAAAUUAAAUGGACCUAAGACUGUGAAUGGAGAAUGUAUGAAAGAGUUUGAGUCUCAGAUCAGCACAAAUGGAAAUAAGGUUUACUACAAGGGUAUCCAGCUGACUCAUAGCAAUGAAAAAAAGCAGUGUUGA